AUGCGCUGCCGGCAUUCGCACUCCCACCUCGUGAUCAAGGCGGCGCCGCUUCCGCACUAUCGCCACGACCGGAACCCCCCGACGGUCACGGCCGCUUCCGGCGCCGUGGCUGUCUAUCUGCGCAAGCGGCGCGACGGGGCGCCGCCACUGCAGUCGCGUGCAGCUCGCAGCCGCGAGCAUUGCAAUCGCAGCGGAGACGGCUGUGCCUGCGCGGAGAUGCGUGUGGACAGUGCGCGGUUGGUGGCGGCGGUGGCGCUGUUGGCGUCGCUGCUGGGGGUUCCCCGAGGCGCGGCGGGCGCGGCGUCCAAGUGUAGCAUUGUGGUCAGGAACCGUAACGAUACGAUAGGCAGCGUAGCAGAAGAUGCCGACAAGUCCAACUCAUCGCUGUGCUGCAAGCCGUGCCCGAGCAACUCCACGUGCACGGAGGAGAACACGUGCACGUGCGCGCAGGGGUACCAGUUGCGCGGGCGUAAGUCGAUCAUUUGCCAGCCCGUGUGCAGCCCGGCGUGCGAUCGCAAUACCGAGCAGUGCGCGGCGCCCGAUCGCUGCGACUGUAAGAAGGGGUACGCGCGCGAGGGCGGCGCGGGCGGCGCGGGCAGGUGCGUGCCGGUGUGCUCGCCCGGGUGCUCCGCGGGCGCCUUCUGCUACCGCCCGGGCGUGUGCCAAUGCCUGCGCGGCUACGUGGACGCGGGCGGAGUGUGCGAAGCGCACGGUAAAAAACGUAUGGCGAAAUAUCAAUAUUUCUUUCGCAAUGAAAAUGCCAUUAUAAACUUCCUCUCUGGUUGGUACUCAACUAAUCAU